AUGGCUACCAGGUUUGGAAACUACCAAGAUUAUAGUGGCGUCUCCAAACAACCUGCCUCUGCCACUCAUGUUGUCGACCCACGACUGCAAAUCCUGGAUAUGCUGAUCCCGGCCAUCUUCACCGCCAAGCACUGUUUGGAUGUGGGCGCAAACGCAGGCAGCGUCAGUGUUCAACUUGCCUUUGACUUUGACGCCGCCUCCGUGACCGGCGUCGAUAUAGAUCCUAGCCUAGUUGGCCAGGCCGAGAAGCUUUACGCUCUGCGCGCCUCCCGUCGUCGGCCCCCUACCGCUAGUUCGUCGCCCGUUGUCGACUACUUUCCCCUCUCGGCCCUGCUCACCCAUGGCUAUCGCAUAGAGCCCCAAGGCAAGGCUGCACCCAACCCGUCGCCUUGGUUGGCUAACAUGCCGAGCGUCACCUUCGUCGCCGCGGAUUGGGCCCUGCCCACCGGCCAUCCAUUCCAAGACACUUAUGAUGUGAUCCUAGCUCUAUCCGUCAUCAAAUGGAUCCAUCUCGAGCAUGGCGACCAAGGCCUGGUCGCCUUCUUCGCCAAAUGCAGCAACUCGCUUGCACCUGGCGGGUAUCUUGUUAUCGAGCUCCAGCCGUGGGACUCGUAUCUCAAGGCCGUUCGCCCCAAUCACGCUCCACACUUUCAACAAUCCUUGAAUAACCUAAAGUACCGUCCAGAAGAGUCGUUUGACAAACUUCUCCGCGACCAAGGCUUGCACCUCUGCGCUUCAUCAGACGCCCUUCCUCGGCGCAUCAACGUCUACCAAAAAGCCUGA